CUCCCCGCCACCGGAACCUCUCGGCCCACCGACGGACGGACGGACGGACGGAUCCAACCGCGCAGCGAUGCAGCAGCCCGCCUCGCCGGCCUCGCGCGGCGGCACCCCGCGCCUGCGCAAGCGCGACUCCUCGGCGCCAUCCACCCCGAGAGCGGGCGGCGUCCGCCGCCGGACCACGUUCCGCGAGGACGUCGGCCACGCCGCCGCCGAGACCUACCUCGUCACGCGCCUCGCCUUCAUCCUCCUCCGCUCCCUCGGGGUAGGCUCUCGGUGGAUAUGUCAACUUCUUGCGCUCCUAACAUACGCAGUUUUACUUAUGCCCGGUUUCAUAAAAGUUGGGUAUUACUAUUUCUUCUCAAGCCAGGUUCUUAGAAGCGUAAUCUAUGGAAACCAACCAAGAAACAGGUUGGAUAUGUACAUACCCAGAGAACGUAGGAAACCCAAUCCAGUUGUGGUAUUUGUAACCGGUGGAGCUUGGAUCAUUGGUUACAAGGCGUGGGGUGCUCUUCUUGGAAAACGGUUAGCGGAGCGUGGAAUUAUAGUCGCUUGCGUUGAUUACAGAAAUUUCCCCCAAGGAACAAUAAGUGACAUGGUCGGUGAUGCUUCUGAGGCAAUUUCAUUUAUUUGUGAUACUGUUGCUAGCUAUGGAGGAGAUCCUAAUCAGAUUUACUUGAUGGGUCAAUCAGCAGGAGCACAUAUCGCGGCAUGUGCUCUCUUGGAGCAAGCAGUUAAAGAAUCUCGAGGAGAAGAAAUUUAUUGGAGUGUUACUCAGAUAAAAUCAUAUUUUGGUUUAUCUGGAGGAUACAACAUGCAAAAUUUGGUUGAUCAUUUUCAUGAACGUGGUCUUUAUCGUUCAAUUUUCCUCAGCAUAAUGGAAGGAAGGAGAUCAUUGCCACAGUUCUCUCCGGAAAUUGUGAUACAAAAAUUAAGUCAUGAAGCCAUAGCUUUACUUCCUGAGAUUGUACUUUUUCAUGGAACAGGAGAUUACUCUAUCCCAUCGUCUGCUAGUGAAAAUUUUGCAGACGUCCUAAAAAAAGUUGGUGCAAAAACUAAAGUACAAUUGUACAAGGGAAAAACCCAUACUGAUGUAUUUGUACAGGAUCCACUUAGGGGUGGCAAAGACCCACUGGUUGAGGAUGUUGUUUCUAUCAUCCAUGCUGAUGAUGCAGUUGCACGUCAGAAGGAUGACUCGGCAGCUCGCCCUGAGCGCCUGGUUUCUGAGUGGCAGAUAAUGUUGGCCCGGCAAAUUAGCCCAUUUUAAACAGUGCUAUUCAACGUUCCAGUGUGAUGAACAGCAUGAUUAUACCAAGCAAUUGAGCUUCAAACUUACCUUUCGCCGCAUGUUCGCACUGAAGAAGCUAUAGGUUGUAGGUAGUAGAAAAAAAUCAGAUUUUGUGAACAUAGAUUCAUAUGCCCCGAGUUUUUGUAUAGCUGUAGACUUGCAAAUCUCAAGCAAUUCAAUGAAAUUCAAA